ACAGACUUGGAGCCGCAAUUAAUCGAUCUUAGACUGUUGUGUUUAAAACCAGCGCGGGUUCGCUGGCUCUAGUAGUUAAAAAAACUAGGAUUUUAUUUUUAGCAUUUUAGUCCCAGCUACUAUGUCUACAAAGAAACUUGCAAAAGAACUUGGACUAUUGAGACAACGAAGUCAUGCCUCCUCUGGGACAAAAAAAUCACCCUUAUCAAAUCAAGUAUUUUCACACCUGAUCGUGAUUGACUUUGAAUCAACUUGCUGGAGAGAGAAAAACAACUAUGGCCAAGAAAUAAUUGAGUUCCCUGCCGUCUUGUUGAACACAUCCACAGGGGAGGUGGAGUCGGAGUUUCAUACAUAUGUUCAGCCCCAGGAACAUCCCAUUUUGUCAGAGUUCUGCACUGAGCUCACUGGGAUUACACAGGUGCAGGUUGAGGCAGGAAUUCCCCUCCGGAUAUGUCUGUCCCGCUUUAGCAGGUGGCUACAAAACCUGCAGCAUCAGAUGGGUGUGGUCUUUCCCAGCAUGCAACAGAGAAGUUCUGAGGCUUUGCCUUCUCAAAAAUUGUGUACCUUCCUCACAUGGUCAGACUGGGAUCUAGGAGUUUGUUUGCAGUAUGAGUGUAAACGCAAACAGAUUCAUAAGCCUGAUGUUCUGAACAGCUGGAUAGACCUGAGAAGCACAUACAGGCUGUUUUACAACAGGAAACCUAAAGGCCUGAAUGGGGCACUACAAGAUCUGGGAAUACAGUUUGAAGGCAGAGAACAUUCAGGUUUAGAUGAUGCCCGAAAUACAGCUCAGCUGGCAGCCAGGAUGAUGAGGGAUGGCUGUAUCAUGAAAAUCACUCGAAGCCUUGAGAGGACCCCAUUGACAAGCAAACCCAUCUUUGACAACAAAACUUGUCCUCCAGAAAACAAGAAAGACAAACCCAAGUUGAACACUGAUAAAACAGCAAACAAGCUUGCAGCAGAAAAAACUUCAACAUCCAAGAUUUCUCCUAAAUCCUGUCAAACAGUAUCAUCCACAGAGAACCACAGUAGAAUUCUAAACUCCAAGGAGGGUGUAGUUCAAGAAUCUGUUCAUAGUUUGGUGUCACCUAAGACUGUACUGAGUGGUACAGGAAUAUCGUCAUGGGGGCACAGUCGAAGGUCGAAUACAGCGAACAUUGUGACUAAUCUUUGCUCUUCUGAUGUAAUAAAUAGCACUUCAUCGUGUAGUAACAACAGCCUCGUUCUGUGUUCUACAACUGUUGGUGGCCCUUUACAUGUACCUCGACCUAAUCAGCCGCUAAAAACGGGAGCAGAGGUGAAGCGUGUCGAGGAAAGUGUUGAAAUCACAGUGGAAUCAGAGGACCGAUGUGGUUCCUAUGACGACGUGGUGUUAGACGGAGACGAUGUUUGCAGUGUAACAGACUUUGAGUAUGUGUCAGAUGUGGACAGUGGAUGUUAUGGUGAUUCACAUUCUUCUGUGGGUCAGGUCACAUUAAUGGGUCAAAUAAAAGAAACUGCUGUUGGAAACAAAUCCAACUCAAAUGAAAUGAGGCAGAACUCAACUGUCUCAGAGCCAAGAGUUUGUUUCACGGUGCCAAAAUCUGUUACCUCCAAAUCAAAUCAUCCAACUAAAGGAGUCACCAAAACCUCUUCAGAGCUGCCACACAAGUCAGAAACAAACACACAUCCUAUGUUCAAGACAAAACCGUUUGUUCCAGGAAAGACCUCGACCCCCGGUGCCUCAUUUUCCAGGCCUAAAACAGUCAUCACACAGGACAAGAGACGCAGAGAGACGUCAAAGUUCACCAUCUACACUGAUCCAGGAAACAUGGCCGCAGGUACCAGCUCAUGCCCCACCCCCAAAAACACCCUCUCUUCUUUGUCGGCCAACACACUCUCCUCUUGGUCGACAAAUCGCUCCUUUGUUCCCAGGACACUGAAAGGAGGGUUGAAGAUCACAGCCCCGUUCUGUUCGUGUGGCCGCCGGGCAAAGCGUCAGGUUGUGUCUAAUGGGGGUCCAAACCAAGGCCGUUGGUUUUACUGCUGUCCAGUUCGCCACUCAGGCGGCACCUGUGGCAGAAUACAGAAAGGAUGUGAGUUUUUCAAAUGGGAAUCAGCUGUGAUGAAGAGCAGCUCGACUUCCUCUGGAUCCUCUGUUUCCCUCUGUCACUUCAACUCCACUGUCAACUGUCAGCCCCACCAGUCAUCACUAAGAAAGAGCUAUUAGCAGGUCUUUACACUUCCUAAAUAUUCUAUUACAUGUAUUUAGAAUCAGAUUUAUUUUGAUUGUUUAAAGAGCAGCAAUGUCAGUAAAAGACAGCAGAGUAAAUAAUAUAGUAAUCAAAGGGCAGGGCGAUAAAACGAUAACGAUAUAUGUCACGAAAUAACUUUUCCUUGAUGGAAAUAUGAGACAUAGUCCGAUUAGGUUCAUACUGUCUACUGAACUUAUCUAGAUUUCUUUUUCUUUUUUGUCAGAUGGGAAAAAAAGUAGAUUUUUUUUUUUCCUUGACAUGUUUUGGCAAACCUGGAUAAAACAACUGACAAGACACGUCACAGUAACA